AUGGUCUUGGCUAAAAAAAUUCAGGGGUGGAGCAUAGAUAAGAGAGCAUUGCACACCACAGUUUCGGGUUACCGUGGUUAUGCUGGUCCUAAAGGUGACCUUGGUCCAAUGGGAAAACCUGGUGUCCCAAAAAAAGGCUCUCCAGGUGAGCAAGGUUCACAGGGAGCAAAUGGAAUAAAAGGAAACAAGGGUGACCGUGGUCCUGUAGGAGCUACUGGUGGAGAAGGUAGUCGAGGUUGGACAGGCUCAUCUGGAAAAGAAGGAGAUAAAGGUGAGCCUGGCCCUAAAGGUGCAAAAGGAUCUAAAGGAGAUAAUGGUAAAAUGGGCCUUAAAGGUUGGCCGGGAGCAGAUGGAAAACAGGGUGUAACCGGCAAUCCCGGAAUUGCAGGAUCAGAAGGGCUCCCUGGACCGCCAGGUAACAACGGAAGCAAAGGCGAACAGGUAAAUGACUUUAUGCAAGGUUAUAGCAAUUUCAAUAAUUAUGCGCAUAAAAUAGAACAAAAGGAGUUAGGUCAUGGCGAACCGAAAGGUGACCGCGGUCCUGUAGGAGCUACUGGUGGACAAGGUCCUCAAGGUUUGAGGGGUUUACGUGGAUCAAGAGGAUAUCCGGGUUACCUUGGUCAUGCUGGUCCUAAGGGUGACGUUGGAAGUAGAGGAAUUCCUGGGGUCACAAUAGUGGGCCCUUUAGGUCCUCCGGGUCCACGUGGAGAAAAGGGAUUGAAGGGAAACAAGGGUGACGAUGGUCCAAAAGGUGUAAAAGGAUCUCAAGGAGCUAAUGGUAGAAUAGGCCUUCGAGGUUGGCCGGGAAAAGAUGGAAAACAAAGUAUAAACGGAACGUCUGGAUUUGCAGGACCAGUAGGGUCCCCUGGCCCGCCAGGUAACAACGGAAGCAAAGGAGAACAGGGUGACCGUGGUCCUCCUGGUGUAGCAUGCCUUCGAUGUUUGCAAGAAGACGUUGGAAAUGAAAGCCUACCGGACACGGGUGCUUUCGCAGGUAAAGUAGCAAUCUCUGGCCAGCCAGGUCGCAACGGAAGCAAAGGAAUAAAGGGAGAUGAUGGUGCUACAGGCCCUAAAGGAGCUCCUGGUGAAACAGGAACUCCUGGUGAAGCAGGCUCUCCAGGUCUACCAGGAAAUAUUGGAAUACAAGGCCGACCUGGCAAGGCUGGAUCUGCAGGACCAGUAGGAUCGCCAGGUUACAACGGAACAAAUGGAAUACAGGGUCCACCCGGUUUAGGGAUGAAAGGACAAAGAGGAAAAAGAGGGAAAAGGGGAGGUAAAGGAAGUCCAGGUGAAAAAGGUCAACAAGGAAUGUCCGGAAGUACUGUCGUCAUGGAAGAACUUAGAGCAUAUCUUAAAACAUACCUAGUUGAGACAAUUGACGAACGCUUGAAGGAACUAAGGCAAGCGUCAAGCGAACAUCCUGCGGCUCAUUUGUAUGGAAGUAGCUACCAAGGUAAUCGACUUACCUGGACUACACAAGGAUUGGGUGGAUUUCUAGAUGGCGGAAUGAAAUACGAUAAAGGAUAUUUAAUUGUUCCUAAAAAGGGAUUGUAUUACAUCUAUGCUCAGAUCAAGUGCGAUCCUAACAAUUCAAGCGACAAUUGGUGCGGAUUCUCAUUCAAAAUAAAUAGGUCUCUGAUCUCUGAGCAGCUCAUCUCUCAACAUUCACAAGACGUCAUUCACUACUACAUGCCAGAAGCUGGUCUGCUAAGAAAGCUAGAAAAAGGAGAUCGUAUUUCAGUGAAUAAACGUAGUUCUAACCAGAUCUUUGUUCAGGAUAUGCAGACUUAUUUCGGGUGCUAUGCCAUUUCAACAGUCGAGUCUUAAACCACUUGAAACUGAUACGUAGUUUUGAGCUCUGCACGAGCGUCGCACACCUUUACAAGGUUAGCAGUAAGACACCAACACGUGUUUCGUCUUCCAAUGUUUGCGUCACUGGAUUGUAAACGUUUCGCAAUUGACAAUGCUCUAUGUUACGUUACAGCGAAUAUAUUGUAACGCGUCUUUGUAAGGUAACUGCACUAGUCUAUAUGCCUGUUAAAGACGGUUGCUAUCAAAAAGCUUCAGUGUGCAUUAAGUUGCAUCAAUCAUAAAUGUCUUUAUUGAAAUAUCAAAUAUACGUUUGAGUCUAACAAGAGUGCUGAGAAUGACAAUUUGCGUAUAUGCUGUAUUAAGUUAGGUCAGGGUUAAAUAUAGGCCAAAUUUAGAUAUAAACCAAUCGUGGGGGAGAGAGAUGGAGAGAAAAGAAGAGGGAGGGAGAGGAGAAGAGAGAGAAAGGAGGAGGAGAAAAAUAAAAAAGAAAGGGAGAGAAGAAGAGAGAGAGAGAGGAGAAAGAGGGAGAGGAAUAGAGAGGGAGACGAAAGAGAUGGGAAGAGAGGAGAACAGAGGGGAAGAAAUGAAAAGAGAGGGAAAGAGAGGAGAAGAGAGAAAAAGAGACAUAAUAGAAGAGAAAUAGAAAAAGGUAAAGUGGGAAAAAGAAAGAGGAGAGGGGAUUGAAGGAGGAGGGAGAAAGAGAGAGGGGAGAAGGUUAUGACGAAAGUAGAGGAAAAGAAGAGACAAUAUAGGAAGAGCAGGAGAGGAAAGAAGAGGGAAGGAAUGGGUAAAAGGGGCCAUUCACAAAGUCAUGUCAAAAGAUGAUCAUGGAGCAUAGGUCAGUUUCCUGCUGCAUUUGCCCGAACAGUCAGUGGUGUGGCCAUUUACUAGUCUAAAAAGGCUUGGUCCCCCACAAUUUGUAGGAUUAACCAUUUUAGAGAACUGAUGCAGACAAAUUCUCAUAUUUAAAGUGAAAAGCCAGCAGUAGGCCUCCUUACUUUGAAGUUUCAAGAACGCCACUGACAGAUCAGUCUCUGGGCAAAUCGGAUGUGGAAGUAUACGGGGUGGUUCUGUUAGCUAACAGAGCCUACAUUUAAAGUGACUUCGUAAGACUAAUAGACA